CCUACCUACUACGAGGUGCUCAACGUCUCCCCGUCAACCGUUUCCUCACUCGAUCCAGCAGCAGCAACACAGCUGAUCAAGCGCGCCUACCGCCGCGCCCUGCUGAACCACCACCCAGACAAGAAGGGCCCCAAGCGCAACAACUCCCCGUCUACAACCGUAUCUUCAUUCGCCUCAUCCUCAUCGUCUUACACGAUCGACCAAAUCUCAACCGCCUACGCAACACUUUCCCAACCAGCCCAACGCCAAGCCUACGAUUUCUCCCUCACACAAACCUCCUCCCAGUCGACGACAGGCGGACCAGAACCAGGAUUCCGAACAGGCAUCGAGACAAUUGACCUCGAUGAUCUAGAGCACGAAGAAUACCACGACAAUGACGGCACUGAGGCAAGCAGCACGACGGCAAGGUGGUACCGCUCCUGCCGCUGCGGGAAUCCGCGCGGUUAUCACUUCACCGAAGCCGAUCUUGAGGAUGCGGCUGAUCUAGGGGAGCUGAUGGUUGGAUGUGCGGAUUGUAGUUUGUGGUUAAGAGUUCAUUUCGCUGUUAUAGAGGAU